AGAAAGAGAUGGAAACAGCAAAGAACGUCACAAAUUUUUUUUCAUUUCAAGGCAUGACAUGAAAUUCUAACUUUAGACAGAAACAUUAAAAAGUGACAUAAGGAAUAUGCUUCAUUUUAUUUUAUAUGUUUAUAUGUUAUUUUUAUAUGUUUUAUAUGUUUACUACUUUUUGCCUGUUCUCUCAGUGGAAGUGUUUUUUUUUUCGUUCUCACUGUCAAGACUGGUAUCAUUUCUCACCGGGCUCAAUAAGAGAACUGAACUAAAACUGUUCUAAAACUAAACAAUACUUACAGGUCUGAACAUUUUCUCCCAUUUCUCUCAUCUUAUUCUUUGCCUAAACACUGCUGGUAAAAUUACAAUGCAGUAACGUGCAGGUGCCGUCAUGCAGACAAAUAUAUCCAUUGUGUAGCAAAACAGAAGAAAAGCGUUCAAAAAAAUGGAGACAAAACCUCAUGUAACUUUCUCCUUGAUGCAAAGGAAGACAAAGACAUAGGUAGAAUGAAUGAACUUAUACAAAUGGAAAUACAUUUAAAAGAAAUCUGACUAAUUGUUAUGGUUUUCUUCAUGAGGGAGGUGUCAAAAUCCACAGUUCCAUUCCACAGUUCCAUUCCAAGUACAUAAAAAUCAAAUUAUUUGAUGCAUUAUAUGAACAAUUGUCAGUUUGUUUUCUAGACCACCAUCACACCCAGUCAUGGUGGAUGAAUUUCAUAGAGCUCUAUAGAAUAUUCAGUUUUCUUUAUGUUUCAAAUGUUCUAUUGACAUCACCAGAAAACCAGACUCCACUGUGGAGUUUCUCUGGAGAAAGGUGCAGGUCUGACAGUGAUCUCAACAUCCUCAUCACCCUUGAAAGACAAUUGGGAAGAAAUUAAAUAUUUUUGGAAAGCAGUUGAACUGACACAUGCUGGAGAAUAUUUAGGAUGGGAUUCAUUCUUCUCCGGGCUGGCUGUACUGGCAUCAUCGAGUACAAAGGGAUUUAAAAUUGUGCAAAUGCAAACAUAUUUGUAACUGUCAGAUUAAUUCACCCAAGUGAUUCAUAAACCUUUCUUCAGCUGUGAGUGAUCCAUACUUAGUUUUCUUUUAUAAUCAGUGCUACAAAGACGAUCAGAGGGCUGGAGCACCUCCCAAACGAGGACAGGCUGAGUGAGUUGGGGAUUUUCAGCCUGGAGAACACAAGGCUCCAAGGAGAACUAAUAGCAACCUUCCACAGAAUCACAGAAUCACCAGGUUGGAAAGGGGCUACAGGAAAGCUGGGGAGGAACUAUUCACAAAGGCUUGCAGUGAUAGGACUGGGGGAAUGGGUAUAAACUGGAGAGGAGCAGAUUUAGGCCUGACAUAAGGAAGAAUUUUUUCACCAUGAGAGUGGUGAGGCCCUGGAACAGGUUGCCCAGGGAGGUUGUGGCUGCCCCAUCCCUGGAGGUGUUCAAGGCCAGGUUGAUGGGCCUUGGGCAGCCUCAUCCAGUGGGAGGUGUCCCUGCCCAUCACAGGAGGCUGGAACUGGGUGAUCUUUAAGGUCCCCUCCAACCCAAACUAUUCUAUGAUUCUAUGAUUCAUUGGAUUGGGUUAAUUGUGUAAUUUUAGAGUGCACUUCAUCCAGCUUUGCUCAGCUCUCUGUGCUAGAAUUAAAGCUGUCUUCUCUGGAAUGACCUGCUCUUGUCAGCUGGAGAGGGAGUGACACCCCUGGCUCAGACCGUCAACCACAGAAACCAGCCUGCCCAUGGAAGAAUGAGCUGAUACCUUCUGAAAUGUGUCCCACCCAGGCGACAGAUGGCAGGGCACACAGAAAACAAAGAACAUCUAAUAAAACACAAACAUUUCCAAUUUAUAGUUCCAGUAAAAAGACCAAGAUAGAGGGAAUCCAGGUUACUGGCUUUCAAAUAUUUCAUAAUUGGGAGUUCCCUAAAACAGGAAAUGAGAAAAGCACCUGCAUUUUUGGCAAUCUAAAUAUGUACCAGGUUGUUCAAAUUUUAAUGUAGCUUUUCACCAGUGUUUGUAUUUCAUCAUGAUUCCUGUCUGUUUUCCCAGGUUCUGCAGAGCGGGUAUGGAGCAAAAGAACUCUACAGUAGUGACAGAGUUUGUUCUGGUGGGAUUGUCCCAAAAUCACAAAAUCCAGAUGAUUCUCUUCUUCUUCUUCCUGCUCUUCUAUAUGACUGUUCUGCCAGGCAAUAUCCUUAUAAUCCUCACAGUAUGGGGGGACUCCCAACUUGGAUCACCCAUGUAUCUUUUCCUGGCCAAUCUGGCAUUCUUGGACAUCUGCUACUCUUCUGUAACCCCACCCAAAAUGUUGGCUGACUUUUUCACGCACCAUAAGACCAUCUCCUAUAGUGCCUGCAUGGCUCAGCUGUUCUUUCUUCACUUCCUGGGAGCAGCUGAAGUUCUCCUGCUCCUGGUCAUGGCCUAUGACCGUUAUGUAGCCAUUUGCAAGCCUCUUUGCUACACCAGUCUUGUCAACAGGAGGGUAUGUUGUAGCCUGGUUGGAGCUACAUGGGGCGGGGGCUUAAUCCAUGGCAUCAUUCUACUCGCUUUCAGCAUCCACCUGCCCUUAUGUGGUCCCAACACCCUGGACAAUUUCUUCUGUGAUGUCCAUCAGCUGGUCAAGUUGGCCUGUGCCAACACUUACACAGUGGAGCUUUUGAUGUUCCUCAACAAUGAAGUUCUUAUCAUUACAUGCUUUACACUUCUCCUAAUCUCCUACACUGUCCUGUUGCUAAAGUUCUGGACACAGCCCUCCAAGGCAAAGAAUAAAGUAGCCUCCACUUGUAUUUCUCACAUCAUUGUGGUGUUUGUCAUGUGUGGCCCAGCCAUGUAUAUCUACGCUUUACCCUUCCAAGCUGCUCCAAUGGAAAAAGUUAUUGCUGUUUUCCAUACAGUCAUCUUCCCCCUGACUAACCCCAUGAUCUAUACCUUGCGUAACAAGGAGAUCAAAGCCUCGAUGCGGAAGCUGGUCAGCAAACACAUAUUUUUUUGUGUGGAAAAUUAA